AUGAAAGAAAAUAAAGUUUGUCUAGAUUGCCGAGAUAGUUGUAGAGAGUUGACCUCCACUCCGGACAUUAAAGAGUGGAGUAUCGUUGUAGUCAUGUCUAUCGAUCAUUUUCUCGCCAGUUUCACUCUACCAACUAACAAUUUCCUGUUUCCUAAAGAGCUUACCGAAGUGAGUUACGAGAUAUUUCCAGGCCCGCGCCCCUUCCCCACCCCACCGAGGGAUCGAUCUUCCGUCUACCGCAGGAAAGCUUUCUCUGCUGGUGGAUCAGAAAAAAGGAAGAAAGGACGUAAUUUAACAGGACAAAAAAAGAAUCAAAGAUAUAAAACGGAGACAGGGAUGUGGAAGAAGGGCCACCGGGGAUUGACGCUAUAUAUCCUGGUGUUGUAUAUCCUUCUGUAUACAAUGAGUCCGGCGGACACCGACGAGAGAUCUCUGUCCAGAAGAAAACGUUACGUAGUUUUUCCGGAAGGCUCGAGCUUCUCCAUUGCACUGUGCAUGACGAUCCACACACUGACGCCCGAUAAUAUAUUUACCGAGGGUUUGAAUUGGGGAAUAUCUUACGAUCUUCCAAACGAAAGCAAACCGUCAUUGGAUCCGUUGCUGGAAAUUCGCCGUCAGGAUCGUCGACCGGGUGAUUCAAUAAAGCAUCGUCAUCCUGCGUUGCUCGAGACAGAUCAAUGGAUUCUCAAUGGAAAUUCUGAUUCGAUUCGCUACGGAAAUCUGAAUAAGGGAACUUACGGCAACAAUGCAGUUGACAAUUUUAAAAAGAACUAUAAAAAUAUAGAACCCAUCGGCAAGAGCAAGAUCGGGAAGAUCCACUAUCGGAAAUCGGAUUACGACUACUUUAAACGACGACAUCGGCGGGAACUUUAUAACAAGCUCGAGGUCAUUAUAGACGCAAUGGGGUACAAUGGACGUACUUGCAUCCUUCGAGCCCUGUGUGAAGCCGCUCAGGCUCUGAUGCCUAAGGGGAAUACUCUGCUAGAGGAAAUGAUGAGGAUAGUUUUCUCGAUGCCUUUGAAACGAGCGGUCCUGUCUCAUGAACCCAAAGAACAUCACAUAUACACGGAAGCACACCGAGCUGGGUUUGAGAGCGCCAGUUGCGAGUCCAGAUUCUCAGGAUGCUCAUUUUCACUGAUAGACAUGGCCUUGGGCAAAUACAACUCCAAGUACCACGAAUACAACACCGACACUGAAUCUAAUAGUCUUAAUGUUCAUCAAGCUACGGACAAUCCUGUUGGAAACUCUUUGAUGAUAUAUAACAUGAAAUAA